GCCCGUCGAGCAUAUUCCAGACCCUCCACGGCUCCAGCACCGACCAGCCCGCCGUACGAGUGGACAAUCACGACGAUCUGUCGCCCCUCAUCGGCCAGGCGCUGGAGCACAGAGUGGACAUGGGCAAUGUCGCUGUGCAGGCCUUUGGUGGGCGGUUCAGCGCCAACGGACGUCAAGGUCACGGCCUCGGUCUCGAGCCCUCGCUGGGCCAUGAGCCCCCGGAUGGCAUCGAAGGCUUCUGGCAGAUGCCAGGCGCCGGGGACGAACACGAAAACGGGUCUGCUGGUGUCAGCCAUUGCAGCUCAGAUCUUUUGUAAUAACAAUACAAUGGAGCGAAAUUGGAGCAGGAACAGGAAGGAGAACAGGUUCAGUACCUGCAAAGAGGAACUGCUGGAGAUGCCAACAAAA